AUGGCGACACAUUUGAGAGCGGCCGCAAGGACUGUCGGCGCCGUACGUCCCCGAGUCGCCCAGGUCGCCGCGAUUCCCGUCACGAGAUGCUACUCGUCAUCUUCCGAGCCCGAUUUGAAGGAGACCUUGAAGGAGGUCAUUCCGGCCAAGCGCGAGCUUCUCAAACAGGUCAAGGCCAUGGGAUCCAAGGUCAUUGGCGAGGUCAAGGUUGAAAAUGCGAUUGGUGGUAUGAGAGGUCUCAAGGCCAUGGUAUGGGAGGGUUCUGUCCUGGACGCAGACGAGGGUAUCCGGUUCCACGGCCGGACGAUAAAGGAGUGCCAAAAGGAACUCCCCAAAGGCAAGACGGGUACAGAAAUGUUGCCCGAAGCCAUGUUCUGGUUGCUACUCACUGGCAAAGUCCCUUCGGUCGGCCAAGUCAGGCAGUUCUCCAGGGAACUCGCCGAGCAAGCUUCGCUUCCCGAUUUCGUGAACAAGAUGUUGGACAAUUUCCCCAAGGACCUCCACCCCAUGACACAAUUCGCCAUUGCCGUCAGCGCCCUCAACUACACAUCCAAAUUUGCAAAGGCUUACGAGCGUGGUCUGAACAAGUCAGAAUACUGGGAGCCUACUUUUGAUGACUGCAUCAGUUUGCUUGCCAAGCUUCCCACGAUAGCGGCCAAGAUUUACCAAAACUCAUAUCGCAACGGCGGAGCGUUGCCUGCCGAUGUGGAUCUCGAGCAGGACUGGUCAUACAACUUUGCUGCCAUGCUGGGCAAGGGUGGCAAGGAGAAUGAAAACUUCCAAGACCUGCUCAGACUAUACUUGGCUCUUCAUGGAGACCACGAGGGUGGCAAUGUCUCGGCUCACACCACACAUCUUGUAGGAAGUGCCCUCAGUGACCCGUUCCUGAGUUAUAGCGCCGGCCUGCAAGGACUGGCAGGCCCCCUGCACGGCCUGGCCGCCCAAGAAGUUCUGCGAUGGAUUUUGCAGAUGAAGGAGGCCAUUCCGGACAGCUAUGGUGAGACUGAGGUUCAUGAUUACCUGUGGUCUACUCUCAACUCUGGUAGAGUUGUCCCAGGCUAUGGCCACGCUGUUCUUCGGAAGCCCGACCCCCGUUUUGAGGCUUUGAUGGAUUAUGCCGCAUCCCGCCCCGAGAUUGCACAAGAUCCAGUCUUCCAGCUCGUCAAGCUCAACAGCGAGGUCGCCCCAGAAGUGCUAAAGAAGCACGGAAAGACCAAGAACCCCUACCCGAAUGUUGACUCGAGCUCUGGCGUCUUGUUCCACCACUAUGGUUUCCACGAGACUCUGUAUUACACUGCAACCUUUGGCGUGAGCAGAGGUCUCGGUCCCUUGGCUCAGCUCAUCUGGGAUCGUGCUCUUGGCCUGCCCAUUGAACGCCCAAAGAGCAUCAACUUGGAAGGUCUCCUCAAGGCAUAA